AUGGCAGAGAUCAAACAACUGAAAGCCAGGAAAGGAGGGGGAAGACUAGAAGAGGUAAUGAGAGAAGAAAAAACCACACCACUGACCCCACACUUGGCCAAAGCACUUAUCCCUCAGAAGUUCCCUGUUCCAGCAUUCGAAUGUUAUGAUGGGUCCAGCGAUCCCGCAGCACACCUUCGUUAUUACAAUCAUAUCUUAGCCCGAUGGGAACAAGACGAUGCAGUCCUCUGCAGGUAUUUUCCUUCAAGUCUAAAGGGAUCAGCACUCUCUUGGUUCGACAACCUACCGCCCAACUCCAUCAACUCCUAUGGCCAGCUCGCUGAGAAGUUCUUAGAAACUUACAUGUACAACAAGGAUGUCAACGCAGGAAUGGAUAAGCUCUUCUCACUAGCAACCACUUAUAAAGAGACGAUCAGGGAGUAUACCGACAGAUGGCACAGGAUUUGUCAAGCCAUAGGAAAUGUAGAUCCAGUGGUCAGCAUCAACUUUUACGAAUGGGGACUGGAUAGAAUGAGCCCAUUAUUUGUGGAGAUUCAUGGAAGUGUUCCUAAGACAGAAGGAGACCUUCGAGUAAUCAUUGAAAAGCACGUCAGGCUAGAAGAGAUCCAGCGGGGAAACCCUAGGGCCCAAGCUCAAAGAUCUCAUCGGACUAAUUCCGUAGAACAAGCCAGCGGAUCAAAGAAGGGUAGUUUAGCUGAACGUCCUAAUGAUGAUAAAAGAGGACGAAGGGACGACCGUCGACGUGACGAUCGUAAAUUCGAAGAUCAAGUCUUCACGAAGCUGAACACAAACUACACUCGCAUUCUAAGGGAAAUCAAGGACCGGGAAAACCUGGAAUGGCCAUGGUCCAAAGGAAAACAUCCCCCUAGGACUGAGAAGUCAAGGGAUUACUGUGAAUACCAUUGCUUCAACGGGCACCAAACAGAGAAAUGCAAGAACCUCAAGAUAAUGAUCCAGAAGUUGAUUGACGAUGGUGACCUCAGGAAAUACAUACAGAAGGCAGCAACUGAAGAUAGGGCAAAGUGA